CUGAAAUAUUCCACAACACCAUUUUCCCUCCUCCACCCACCAGGACUUUCUCAUGGAGCUGUGCGGCCCCAACAUGAGGGAGCGUGGACGGUCCCUCUGCCAGAUGAAGCAGCUUCCCUGCCAAGGCGCCCCCCUUUGUCGCCUGCAGGCUAGCGGAGCCCACGUGCGCAACCCCCCCCACCAGCCUCGGCUCAGCCUCCCGGCCCCUGCCGUCGCCUCGGGCCCGACUGUGGCCCCCGGCGGCCGCAGGGUAAGCAACCCGGAGCGUGCGGCGUCCAGACCGGGAGAAGAGGCGCCAGUGACCCGGGGCGUCUCCACGGGCAAGGUAGUGGUGACGGGUGGAGGGGGAUACUUUGGGUUCAGGCUGGGGAGGGAGCUGGCCAGUCAGGGGAUGUCCGUGGUCCUCCUGGACGUGAACAAGCUGCCCUGUGAAACCCCCGACGGAGCCGUCUUCUAUCAGAGUGACAUCCGGGACUAUUCCUCCCUGUAUAAGGUGUGUGAAGGGGUCGACUGUAUAUUCCACACAGCGUCUUAUGGCAUGUCUGGACCAGAACAGCUGAGGAAAGAACAGGUGGAGUCGAUCAAUGUCGGAGGGACAAAUAACGUCAUAAACGUGUGUAAGGAGAGGGGCAUCCCCAGGCUGGUGUACACCAGUACAAUCAAUGUGGUGUUUGCCGGAAAACCAAUUGAGGAGGCCGAUGAGGCCUCAGUGCCGUUUGUGCCCCCCAACAUACACAUCGACCACUACUCCAGAACUAAAGCGAUUGCGGAGCAGAUGGUCCUCUCUGCCAACGGAUGCUUCCUGAAAGGUGGGGGUCUCCUUCGGACCUGCAUCCUGCGGCCCUGUGGCAUCUAUGGACCCGAGGAGCGGAGGCACCUGCACAGAGUGAUGGUGAACGUGGAGCGCCGGUUGUUCAGUUUCCGGUUCGGGGACCCCCGGGCCAGGAUGAACUGGGUACACGUGGACAACCUGGUGCAGGCCCACGCGCUGGCAGCUGAGGCGCUCGCUCUGCAGAGGAGCUGUGUCGCUAGUGGACAGGCCUAUUUCAUCAAUGAUGGAGUUUCAGUCAAUCUGUUUGAGUGGUUGACACCUUUGUUCGAAACGCUCGGCCACAGCAGGCCGUUGAUAAACCUGCCCGUUUCGCUUGUCUACUCAGCAGCCGUCCUGGUGGAAUAUUUGCAUGUAGUUCUGAGACCUGUGAUAGGAGUGCCCCUGCUCUUUACCAGAAGUGAGGUAAGGAGCAUAGCUGUGAGCCACACCUUCAAGAUUGACAAGGCCCGACGAGAGCUGGGUUACUGUCCGAAGCCCUACAGCCUCGUGGACUCUGUUGAGCAAUACCUGAAGUCCAGACGGCCCCGCUCCAGAUCCGUUCUGUUCAGCAUGUCAUGGGCCUCCCAGCUGCCCCGGCACCUCCUCGUCAUGAUGCUGCUGGGCCUCAGCCUGCUGCUGAUGAUGCUGUCCUGCAUGGUCUCUUCAAACUGAGGAUAUGUAAUUGACAGCAGGGCCAUAAACUGUCUCAAGAUAGCCAGCAAAUUAAAUGAAAAUCCCCUUAAUAAUGUCUUUGGUCAUGUAAUCAUUUCUCCCAUCUUUUUGAUGUUGGUUUAUGUGUCUGAUUUCUAAAUGAUGAAACUACCAGGCUGUUGAGAAGCAUUGUGUGAAUAUUAUUGACUUCUGUAGGUUACCAUUCGUUUUAAAUUGUUUGUAAACCAAAUGUCAAAAUGUAAAUUGAUGUAUUUAUAGCAUGUUUCUGGGUUAUAUAUUAUAUAUU